AUGGACGUUCCAACGGAGGAAUCAGAUUCAUUCGUGAGCUGUAUUCUUGUCGUCGCUGUUGUUGCUGCAGUCGGGUUUCUUAUGAGAAAAUAUUUCAAAGGAGCUCAGUUCACUGAGCGUGUGUCUGGAAAAGGCCUCGUGGCUGUAGUUACUGGUGCGAAUAGUGGAAUUGGUCUAGAGACAUGUCGUGGGUUGAAUUUGGCGAAGGUGAAGGUGUAUAUGUUAUGUCGUGACAUGGCUCGUGGAUCUGAAGCAAGAAUCAAAUUAGCUCAGAUGGGAUGUGAUUCAACACGACUCGUGCUAGUACGAUGUGACCUGGCUGAUUUCAACAGCGUACGGGAAUGUGCCAGAGAAAUUUUGAGAGAUGAUGAUAAGAUCGACAUUCUAAUCAACAAUGCUGGUGUGAUGUUUUAUCCCAAAUAUGAGAAAACAGUGGACGGUCACGAAAUGACCUGGCAGAGCAAUCAUCUAGGACAUUUCCUCCUCACUCAUCUACUGCUGCCAGCUCUUGAAAAAGCUCAAAAAGCUCGAAUAAUUAUCGUUUCUUCGAAACUGCAUCUGAAGAGCAAAGCGUUGGACCUUGCCACCAUAGAUGACAAGAAGAAGUUUGGAAUGUUUGAUCCAUACAAUCGCAGCAAACUUGCUAACGUGAUGCAUGCACGUGAAUUAAGCAGACGUCUACAUAAGCAAGGUAUCCAUCAUGUGUCCGCGAAUUCUUUACAUCCUGGAGUGGUUAAUAGCAAUCUCAGUAGACACACAUUAUUGUCGAAAUCGCCCCUUCAACAGCUAAGUGCUCCGUUCAGAUGGUUCUUUUUAAAAACUGAUCGUGACGGUGCUCAAACUUCCCUUUUCCUGGCCCUUAGCAAGAAGAUUGAUGGUAUCAGUGGGAAAUAUUUUGCGGACUGCAAGUUGGCAUCUGAAAGUGAACUCGCCUUGAAUGAUCAAGCAUGUGAAGAUUUGUAUAAUUACAGCAUGGAGCAGUGUGGAAUAGCCGAAUAA